AUGAAAUUUAAAUUUGCUGUAUUUACAACACUUGUAUUUCUAACUACUGUUGUUGUAUCAAAUGAAGUCGUAUUGCACAAGGACAAUCAAAGUUUUAUUCAAUUUCAUUGGAGUAUUGAGUCUGGGUUGGCUAAAGAAACAUUCAGAAUAGAUGUACAGAACAAAGCACGUAUUCAAGUGGUUGAUUACAUGUAUUCAGGCGAUACUUUCGAAGUGUUUGACAACGGACUUUCUUUGGGAAACACAUCUGCAACCCCUAUAGAGAGUGACAAGAAGGCCUAUGCAUUCACGCCUGAACAAGCACUUGAAGAUCGUCGAUUUAGUAAAGGCAUAUUUGAUCUUGGUAAUGGAACACAUGUUAUCUCCAUUAAGGCAACAGGAUCAGCAGGAAUCGGAGCCAUUCGUUUAUUGAAUCUGUACUCAAGUGGCAGAAUUCACAAGCGACAUUAUCAUGAAUGUGUUGACUGCAAUCGUCGCAGACAUAGGCAUGAUCAUCAAGCUACCACUGCCACUGUCACUGUCCUUUCUCCUGUACUUGAAGCUACAUUUGAAAGCACACAAACAUUUAGUUCUGUGUUUGUGAGGACAGUGCCUUCCGUUUUCAGGCAAUGUACUCCCUUGACAAACACAAUUGCGCCGAUAGCCGUGUCUUCAGCACUGGCUUUUUCCACUUAUACAACUACCUAUAUCACAUCAAGUCCUGUCCGUUCUGAUGUGACAACAAUAUUCGUUACACCAAGUACAUUUCUAUCGAUCUAUCCUACUUUGAUUGACUCGACUUUUGUCACAACAGAAACAAAAGUCACUGAUUAUCUUUCUUCAGUAACAUCUACUGGAGUAAUGACGAUUACAACAGCCAGUUGCUCAGAAAGAACAGGCUUAAUCCUCCAAGAACAAACGUUGCUUUCUACAACAGUGGUACGGUCUACAUUCCGAGCAUCUAAUGGAUUCACAGUAACAACCACGGCUUUCUCUGUAUCACCCGCAACCAGCACUUUGACAACCACGACUACAAAUACAGUCGUGGCUUCAACCAUUGUACCAACGACUAUUGUUUCUCCUACUACCAUUGUAUCCAUUGGAUCAACUACAAUCAUGGUCACUUCAAUUAGGCCAACCACUGCUACAAUCAUAUCAAUAAGUCCAACCACAAUCACCACCACCAAUACCAUCACUACGCCUAUAACCACAACAACUGUUUUUACAAGCUUGAUUACUAGACCAAUCACUCUCAUUUCUACAACUACUGUUUUUUCAACCACUACUUCCACAGUUACAAGCAUGGUUACUGUGCCUUCUACAACCACGUCCAUCAUUACCACAGCUGUUUCCAAUACAGUUACCAGCUUUUCUACAAUCACGAACUUGGUUACUGUAACCAGUUCAGCCACUAUUACCAACCAAGGCACAGUUACCAGCACGGUCACUAGUUUUGGCACGGUCACCAAUUUGGCCACUAUCACAAGUGUGGUAACAGCUACAGCUACUAACUUGGUCACUGUUACCGAAUUGACCACAGUGACUGAUCUGGCUACUAUCACUAAUUUGGCCACUGUCACCAGCCUUGUCACCAACCUUGUCACCAGUUUGGCUACGGUUACUAACUUGGCUACGGUUACUAACUUGGCUACGGUUACUAACUUGGCUACGGUUACUAACUUGGCUACGGUUACUAACUUGGCUACUGUCACCAAUCUAGCCACUGUUACUAACUUGCUAACUGCUACAGCUACCGUAACUAAUCUAGCCACUAUCACCAAUCUAGCCACUGUCACCAAUCUAGCCACUGUCACCAAUCUAGCCACUGUCACCAAUCUAGCCACUGUCACUAACUUGCUAACUGCUACAGCUACCGUAACUAAUUUGGCCACUGUAACCAACUUGGCUACUGUUACAAGUCUUGCUACUCAAACUGUCACUAAUUUGGCCACUGUCACCAAUACGGUUACCAAUCUUGCCACUAUCACUAACUUGGCUACAGUCACCAACCUGGCUACAGUCACGAACACCAUUACCAAUCUGGCUACGAUUACCAAUUCCAUUACUGUCAUAUCCACCUCUACUCUUACCCUACCAGCUCAAACGAUUACUACUACUUUAACAUCCGUGAUUACUUCCAUAUUUACUACAAGAGUAUCGUGUGCUUUAAAUUUACUUGGUAUCUGUGUUUAG